AUGGUUGAAGAAGCUCCGGCCGAUGUAUCGUCCAUCACUACCCCAACAGACGACCAGGCCAAGGUCGUACAGCCUCCUGCAUCGACUAGCGACAAGGUUUCAGGGGAGAACCGCUCCGAAGGUGCCGCGAAUACCACGACAGAUGCAACCGCGCAAACAGAAGGAGGUUUUGUCCUUCGUCCAUGGCACUACCGAGCGCUGUACGUAGCAGGGCAGCUGUUCGUGGGCUUCGCCAUCGCAGCUGCCCUAUACGGAACCCAAGCACGCGUCAUUCGCAAGAUAUCCUUCAUUCCUUCUCCCGCUUCUUCUCCCAGUGUCGAAGCGACCGCUCGCACGUUACCCAAGCUGGCGGCUCAACCUAACGAUCGCAGCGUUCUCAUACAAUCUGCGGUUGAUUUCCGCGAUCAGGGUAUAUUGAAACUUACGCAAGACUGCACUCUAGAGAAAGCCAGCAGGGCGGAGGAGAUGGUUCUCCGGUGCAAAGACAUUGACGGUGUGUUCUUGUUGGGUUUCGAUAACGCGACUAUCAAUGGCGAGGAAAUGCCGGUGCAGGCUAAAAGGGAUGCCAUAUGGAAGGCUUUGUAUGGAGCGAAGGAAGGGCAGAGACUAAGCACGGAAGAACGGUGGAAGAGAGGGCGUAUUCUGGACUGA